AUGGUGCUCGUGCUCAUCCUCGUCAAGGUGAUGGUGAUUGCAGUGGAUUGCAUCCUGGACUCAACCCGCCCACCGCCGACCCCAAACACGCCGCCUCCUUCAAGGACCAUCUCAAAGCUCCGGGAUCGGACGACUCCGACGUAUUACCGAUCAUCGGCCUCGCUGUACAAUGCUCCGGCUGCACCUCUUGCUCGCGACUCGAUGUAUCAGGGUAUGCCUCUCAAGGAUCAGGAGCGCGAUGCUCGCAACAGAGCUCUCACCAAUGCGGUUGUGUCUGCAAGGGCAGAGGCCGCAUCCGGCAAGACGGCUGCCGCCCGCCACGAGGGCUGGUCGGAGGCGGCUCUGCAUGCCGCCAUUGACGAGCGCCUCGCUGCGGCCAUGGCCACCACUCAGGCUGUGCUCGAGGACCGCCUCGACGCCAUCGUGGCCAAGCGCGUCGCCACCGCGGUCGAGUCCCGCCUCGCGGAGUUGGAGAGCCGCGUCCUCGCCCAGGUCAACGAUCGGAUCGCCGACGCUGUGGCUGCCAGUACCUCUGCGCUCGAGGCUCGCAUCUACGCGCUCGAGUCUACGUUGCCACAGCCUCGGCAAGCCCUCCUCGAGCCGCCGGCGCCAAGCCCGCGGUCACGGCGGACGUCAACAGCGUCGAGCGUGACGAGCGCAACGAGCGCAACGAGCGACUCAUCUUUGGAAUCUGGAACGCCGCUUGAUGACGCCCGCCUCGCCGAGGCAUCUGAUGCUAUCGAGGCCCGGGUCCUGGACGCUGUUUCCGAGCAGCUGAGCAGCUGCGACGUUGUCCGCCUGCAGUUCCGUGUCGAGGCGCUCGAGGCCCGAGUCCUGGACCUGCUGCACGAGCACAAGGCUGCGCUGGCGCCGGUCAUGGCCGAGAUGUUGCGGAACCAGAAGUUUGUGUCAGACGGAGAUUUGUCGGGAAUUGUGGUGACACCCGACGACAUCGACGACGACGAGCCCGAGGUUGAUCCGUCGCUGGUGAGGCGGUCGGAUGCGCUCCGCAUCCCGAGCAUGCAGCGGCUCAACAGCCGCCGGCGGUCGUCGUCGCUCUCAUCAAUGUAUUUGAACAAGCUCAAGCGCCGACUCACCGCCCCAACCGCCAAGCCGUCAUCGUCGCCGCGCCCGCCGCCGCCUUCGACGCCGCCACCACCGCGGGUCAUCACACCGCAGACCCCGCCACCCGAGCUAGUCAUCCACGACGACUCCAGCUCUAGCGACGGUUCCAGGAGCAGUGUAAGCAGCGGGCGCGACCGCGAGCCGGCGUCGGCGUCGGCGCAGUUGCUGGACACCCCGUCAUCUGCGCGCACUCGUGCUUCGUCGGUCUCGGACGUCUCGCAGUCGCUGGUUCCGGGCGUCGACGUAGCAGCGUCGGACGGCAAGUGGGUGGCGGUCCGUCCCGUCCCGCGGCUCGAUGUCGAGACUGUCGACCUCGGCGUGGCGUGGGACGAGUGUGACCUCGACUGGUACACCAAAUACUUUAGCGGCAAGCCGACCGUCGAGUUUGUGGGCGAACACCCCAGCGAGGGUGUGGUCUCCGUCUCGAUUGUCUCGUCGUUUGACGAGCACUCGGGCGAGCCCGAGUACAAGGCGGUUGUCCGCAAGAGCUCGGGCUUCUCCACGGCCACGCUUCCCAAAACCGCAGUCAAGAUCUCGCGAUUCAAGUCCAAACCCAAGGCGUCGAGCUUGCUCAAGGCUUUUGUGCCUGAGCUUGUCCGCGAGGCGCCGAUGGUGUCGGUCAAGCCCAAGCUCGUUCAGCCGGAGCUGGUGUACAUCGAGGAGCAGCUGCGGACAACAACGUACAAGUUUGGCGUUCUCCUCUGCAAGGAGGGCCAGUCCGACGAGGCCGACAUGCUGACCAACGCAGGCGGUUCGGCCGACUUUGAGGAGUUCCUGGCCAUGAUGGGCGAGACCAUUCCACUCGUGGGCCACACUGGGUACACCGGCGGGCUCGAUACCCGACGCGGCGGAACCGGGAGCCACUCGAUCUACACCCGGUGGAAGCAGUUUGAGAUCAUGUUCCACGUCUCGACCAUGCUCCCGCUCGAUGACUCGGACAGUCAGCAGCUGCAGCGCAAGCGCCACAUCGGCAACGACGUCGUCCUCAUUGUGUUUCUGGACGGCGAGCGCGACGACUUGGUCUACCCGGCCCACGCCAUGGCGUCGCACUUUACCCACCUCAUCAUUGCCGUCCAGAAGCACCAGGAAGCCUCGCGCAUUGUCGGCGAGACCACAUACCAGAUAUCGGUCGCCUCGCAUGCUCACGUCCCGCCCGAGUUUGAGUCGCGGCUCCCGGAUCCUCCGCUCUUCCCACACUCGCCGCUCACGCGCGACUUUAUCCUCUCGUACUGCGUCAACGGCGAGCGCGCCGCGCUCCUCUCGCAGGGCUUCAAGCCGGCCAUGGACCGGACCCGCAAGGCCUACCUUGAAGCGCUCAAGGCGUACGCCGAAGGCAACGGCCACUCGCUCGUGGUUCACUGAUCCACCAAUCCGCCCGCAAGAUCAAGGAUGUCGUCGUAGAGCGUCGCUGCCGACGCGUACGACGGAAAGAAGUUGAUGUCCAACGCGUACAGCUGCCCAGAGUUAGUCUCGGUCACAAGGUCGACGCCGUAGAGGUCGAGCCCCAGAGCGGUCGAGAACGCGUCGACCAGCUGCGGCGCAACGGCAGCGACCGCUGCCGCGCCAUCCAGGUCGACUGCAUCCUGCGGCGCCAGUGGCGGCGGCAGCUCUUUGGCGGUAAAUGCAAGAGCGAGGUC